AGAACCCCUCAAGUUCAUGAUUUUACCAUCAACUGCACCAUAAAAGCAGCAUCAGCUCGAUUCCUGUACCGUUUGUGUACAGUCCCAGCCCCUUUAUAUGAUGAUGAACCAGCCCAGCUCCUCACACUCUGCACAACAUAAAUCUGAGGUCAAAACCUAUUUUAACAAAGAACCUUUACAAAUAAAUAGCUUUUUGGAUGACAAACUGGUUUAAAACUCCUACACUUCUUUAGUUUUUCUUGGGGGAAAAAUCUUUUGUAAAACAUUUUCUUGCCAAUAAAUGUAAUAAUUUUUGUGGUUAUGUUAGACGGGUAACAUAAAAGACAGAAAGGUAUUUUUUCUUCCUACAACUUUGGUGCCUAAAUGUUUCUUUCUUAUGUUUCUCAAAGUGAAAAAAACAACAAAACAAUACAUCCAGAAGAACUUUCCAAGUCUUUUCCAGAAACAAUGGAUGUCAGUUCUAAGAACGGUCAUUAAGCACCACUAUUUCCUUACAACAUGGAAGGUGGACAGAACCAAUGAAGAGAAAAUAGAAACGAGAAGGAGUUGGGUUGCAUAAGACACAGCUGCCAGGGUAAAAAUCAGAAACGUUUGAAAGACGUUUAACGUAAACUUAAUUUUUAAUACAGCAUUAAUGCAUCACAGCAACUUCAUCAAAACCCCAAAAAAUGUUUCAAAAAUACUUGACUGGUUUUCAGUUGUUUUGUGUAAAUAUACUUUCACGCUAAAAAGCCAUCCUCCCAUAUUUACGGCGUAUAUUUUGACAUCAUGGGGCCACACGCCGCACACAUCAGUGGAUGACGAGAGCGCACACCUCAGUCCCAUCCAAGCUUUCUUCAACUUUAAAACCAGCGGAGAGGAUUACUAAAAUGCUUAGCAACAGAUCAAAAUGGCACAAAAAAAACUCAGAAACGUAACUGAGAAUAGAUGGAAUUAUCAGGACUGAAUGUUAGGUGUACACCUGCAUUGUGUGUUGUGGUGGGUGGCACAGCGACGCUCCUCCGCUUUAUCUGAGACAUCCUUUAGUGCGUACUCCACAACAGGACACGGCUAUCAAGACGGCGAGCAGGGCAAGGACACAAACGUAAGUCUGAACCAGUUUUUGUUUGACCAAUUUCACCAACAGUAACGCGUAUAAUAUAAAGAAUAUUUGACCUUAACUUGUUUUUUUGUGUAGAUUUCUUUUUUUUCUUAGGCUUAAGGCUUUUCAUUAUAUUUGCAGUCCUAAAAAAUCUCAAUCAAAAACUUUUUUUUUAAAUGUUGCGUUACACAUUCUAUGGAUUUUAUUCAAAAUAGAAUCUGAUACUAACCUCAUUAAAUUAAGUGUAAAAAAAGUUACUAUUUCUGAGUUUCUUUACUUUUAAAAUAUGUAAUUCAAAAUAAUAAUCUUAUAAAUUGUUGAAUUUCUGCUCUGCUUCUUGCAGUUUACAAAGAGCAGAUAAAUGACAUCAAAAUCCACCUAGGAAACUACUAGAAGAGCGAUGGGGAGGUGGUCUAAUGGUUUUCCAGCUGAACAAAGGAGUAAUAUAGACACAACCAUGUAUGUGAACUCCUUUCACACUGAGAGCAACCUCACUGUGCUACCUAAUGACUCUGAUGUGGCCUUCUUUGGAUUACAGAGUCAACAACUUUACACCAUCAGCCUCAUCCUAUCCAGCGUCUACACCAUAGCCCUGUUCCCCAUCGGCCUCAUCGGGAACAUCCUCAUCCUGGCAGUCAAUCUGGACCCCAGCGGCCACCUGACAGGCCCGGAUCUCUACUUUGUAAACCUCGCUGUGGCCGACCUCACUCUGGUUGCAGACUCUUUGAUCGAGGUCUGUAACCUCAGGAAGGAAUAUUACAACAACGCUGGCCUCUGCACCUUCAUGAACCUUUUCCAGCAGGUUAACAUGUACAGCAGCGUCUUCUUCCUGACCUGGAUGAGCUUUGACCGCUUUGUCGCGUUGACUAAAUCCAUCGGCCACAGUGUGUCACACACACGCCUCUGCUGCUGCCUCAUCUGGGUGUCUUCAUCUCUGCUCACCCUGCUGCCGUUUGCUGUAGCUCAAGUGCAGCACGCAGGAGAAAUGCACUUCUGCUACGCCAAUGUGACACAGAUUCAGUGGUUGGAGGUGAUGAUGGGAUUCCUGUUGCCUUUCUGUGUCCUGGGCUUGUGCUACUGGAGAAUAGGUCAAGCGCUCAUACGCAGCCAGAGAUUACAACGUACCCUUCAGCAGAGACCUCGCAGGCAGAAAGCCCUGAGAAUGAUCUCGGCGGCUGUGCUGGUGUUCUUCAUCUGCUGGCUUCCAGAGAACAUCUUCAUAAGCGUCCACCUCCUGAGAGGAGACGCAGAGGGCGGGACGCUCUGGCAAGACUUCCCACUGACCGCCCAUGCUGUCCGGCUGGCGGGGUUCUCCAACAGCUGUCUAAACCCGCUCAUCUAUGGCUUCCUUGGUGAGACUUUUCAAAAGAAGCUGGAGCUUUUCCUUCAUAAAAGAUGCGGGUGGGCAAAACUGCAGAAGUCAGCUUUAAGAAAACCCAUUUGUGCACCGGCAGCACAGUCAUGCCUUCAGGAAUGUGACACUCUGAGCCGGUCCUCAAAUUCAAACUCUGGAGUCUCUCCACAAACUGGUGUACAUCCUACUGACGUUGUGUGUCACACAAAAAGCUUUGUUUUGAAAUGAAUUUGUCCAACAGAAAUCCUAAAUGCAAAUAUUUCUGCUAAUGUAAAAAUCAAAAUGUUUCUUGUUUUAACAUUCCAACUGGUGUAUAUACAUGUAUAUAUUUUAUAUGAAUAAUCUAAGACUACAUUGUGUAUCUGCUCCAAAUACUGUUUAUGUUACAUUAGCAAAGACAGGUGAUAAAGUGUUGACAAAACAUGCGGUCAACUCCAUUAAAACAGAAUAUUCUCACCUCA